AUGGCAAUGAACGCGGCUUUCAGAUUGCUCCUUCUCUCUGCGCUCCUAUUCGCAGAGCAUACGGACGCUUUAGCACAGGACAGUGUUGAAGAACAGGUCUUGGAAGCAGAUGUGCCGAUAGGCCAUGGAGCAAGGAUUGGACUGAUGGAAGCAGCACCACCUCGCGACCCGAGCAGUGGGCGACCCAGCGCCGAGAUUGAUCGGAGCACGUGGGUCGCGACCUGCGAUAGCGAAGCGAUUAAUCACACCUGUAGCUAUAUGAUCGAUAAGGACGUCAAGACUUUCUGGCAGAGUGCGGAGAGCAGCGUCGGUGCUGCGUUGCCCCAGAAUGUAACCAUUGACAUGGGAGAUACACGGACCUUCCACGCCAUCUCAAUGCUUCCAUCGGAUGACCCGCACUCCAGAGGGAACAUCGCUGCACACGAAGUAUAUAUCAGCCAAGACAACCAGAACUGGGGCACGCCAGUGGCAUAUGGGACUUGGUGGAAUGACAACACAGUCAAGUAUUCUAUCUUCGAACCGAAGCAAGCACGGUAUAUUCGGCUUGUCGCAAGGUCUGAGGCCUCAGGAACUGGGGACUUUGUCAGCAUCGCAACCUUCUCAGUCUAUGGCGUUGCCAAGGCUCCCACGUCGGGUUUGGGUCGUUGGGGUCCUACCAUAGACUUUCCCAUCGUUCCAGCAGGUGCGUGGGUCGAUCCCUUGUCGGGCAGAGUUGUGACCUUCUCAUCAUAUGCACAUGAGAUGUUCCGCCCUUUGGACCCGCGGCUAGGCAACACCAUGACUAGAACGUGGGAUCCAGCCACAAGGCUAGUGAGUCAGCGAACAGUGCAGGAGACUGGACACGACAUGUUCUGUCCGGGCAUGUCACUCAACGCCACGGGGUACAUGCAUGUGACGGGCGGAAACAGUGCAAAACGAACCAGCAUCUACGGCAUCAAUGCUCAGGGAGCAGCAGUAUGGACCCCAAGUGCUGAAAUGAAUGUUCCGCGUGGCUACCAAUCUUCAGUGACGUGCGCUGAUGGACGCAUCUUUGUGAUUGGUGGUAGCUUUGGGAUACCCUGUGACCCUCCCGGACCUGAGGGAGAAGAAAAGAAUGGCGAACUCUACGAUCCGGUCGCCAAGACUUGGACUGAGAAGCCGCGAUGCAAAGUCAAGCCCAUGUUUACAGACGAAACGUCAACUGGGUCAAGAGAGUGCCGCUGGUUCCGCUCUGACAAUCACGGAUGGCUUUUCCCAUGGAAGGACAAUACCGUCUUCCAGGCAGGACCUUCGAAGAGGAUGAACUGGUACAACAUGUCCGGUUUGGGCGACGUCCAAUCAGCAGGCAAGCGUUCGGAUGACAACGACGCCAUGUGCGGUGUUGCUGUCAUGUAUGAUGCAGCUCAGGGUAGCAUCCUGACGGCUGGUGGAUCGCCGCAGUAUACCGGUUUGGACGCAACGAACAGAGCGUACCUUCUCACGAUCAAAGGUGCCAACGCCCCUGUUGAAAAGGAGAGAACAACCGAUAUGGCAAACCCGCGCAUCUACCACAGUGCCGUUAUUCUACCAAACGGAGACACUCUCGUUGUCGGCGGCAGAAGGCGUGGACAAGUCUUUAACGACGACGAGGCGGUAUUAGUGCCCGAGGUGUAUUCUCCCACUCUCAAAGCCUGGACUAAUAUGGCUAACCACUCUAUCCCGCGGACUUAUCACUCGCUUGCGCUGCUACUUCCUGAUGGAACAGUCUUCGUUGGCGGAGGUGGGCUCUGCGAGAUAAGAUGCAACGCGAACCAUUUUGACGCGCAGAUAUUCACGCCGCCCUACCUGCUCACUGCCUCGGGUGAUCUUAGCGUUCGACCCGUUAUUAAGAACAUCUCCGCCUCAGACGUUCUCCCUGGCAACAGCCUGACUAUCGACACCGAUAGUGCUGUUCAAAAUGCAAGCAUUGUCCGAUACGGCAGCGCUACACAUGGUCUGAACACAGACCAGAGACGCAUACCAUUGACAAUGACGCCAAACGGUCCCAAUCGGUAUGACGUCACAAUACCCGCCGAGAAAGGCAUCGCCAUUCCAGGCUACUGGAUGCUCUUCGUUAUGGAUGCCCAAGGAGUGCCAAGCGUGGCUAUGUCAUUGCAGGUCAAGGUUGCUUAG